CGCUGAUAUAGUGUGUUACUUCAACGCUUCAACCGGCAACAGGUGUAGGCUACUAGCAACACUUGCAGAAUGGCAGCGGAGGACGAAAUCUUUCUGAGAGCCAAGGGGCGGGCAUUUGUUGGGCUGACAGAAGAGUCGGAGAAGGAGUGGCGCGGCCCCUUCUGCUUCAUCCAGGCCGCCGAUCCCCAGCUGGGCCUGAUGAAGGCCUGGCGGAUCGGGGACAACGAGGGCGGAGGGGACGAGUGGGCCGAGGAGGUCCAGCUCACCAAGCAGGCCGUGCAGGCCGUCAACAAAUUGAGCCCCAGGCCUCGCUUCAUGAUCCUGUGCGGGGACCUGGUGCACGCCAUGCCAGGUAACGAGUUUCGAACAGCGCAGGAGCGGGACCUGAAAGCCGCCCUGAGUGGCACUGACCCGUCCAUCCCCUUGCUGUUCGUCAGCGGCAACCACGACCUGGGCAACGUCCCGACGCCCGCCACUGUGUCCGAAUACUGCCGCUCGUGGGGCGACGACUACUUCUGCUUCUGGGUGGGCGGCGUGCGCUGCCUGGUGCUCAACUCGCAGCUGUACUUCGACGCGUCGGCGUGCCCGGCGCUGCGCGACGCCCAGGACGCCUGGCUGGAAGAGCGGCUGAGGGAGGAGGCGUCAGCGCCCUCGCGCCACCUGCUGGUCUUCCAGCACAUUCCGCUCUACACGUGCCGGCCUGACGAGGAAGACGACUACUUCAACACCCGGAUGGAAGGGGGGGUGAGACAGGACCUCAUCGCCAGGUUCAAGAAAGCAGGCGUGAAGGCGGUGUUCUCGGGUCACUACCACCGCAACGCCGGCGGCUGCUUCGACGGCCUGGACAUGGUGGUGACGUCGGCCAUCGGCUGCCAGCUGGGACAGGACACCCACGGCCUGCGCAUCGUCGUGGUGACGGCCGACCGCAUCGUGCACCGCUACCACACGCUGGACCAGCUGCGGGACCGCGGCAUGGACGAGGACCUCAAGCAGCUGCUGAUGGCCUGAUGCUUCACGACACGCGCACGGAUGGAUGGAUGGAUACUAGAAGGAGUAUGUGAAAGCCUGCGCGUCCAAAAUCAGCUGACCUGGGAUCAGGACAAUCACAUGACAAGAUAAAUAAUGGGGGAAAACCAGGAUUUUUCUGCUGCCACAAAAUGUGAGCCCGGCCGUGGCCUGACUGGACUGCUAUGCGGGCGACCCGGGUUCGAUUCCCAACCCGGGUCUUUUCCCGAUCGUCUCCCGUCUCUCUCUCUCCCACUCAUUUCCUGUCCCACUCUUCACUGUCCUGUCAAAUAAAGUCGAAGAACCCCCUAAAAAAUAUUUAAAAAAAUGAGAAUGUGAAAAAUUUGGAAAAUGUUUGAAAAUAAUAAUACAUCGCACGAUUAACUAUUAACAUGUGGCAUUUAGAUGCAUAUGUAUUCAUUAACAACCCUUACCAUAGUGUUUACGGCUACUUUAUUGUUAGUGUACUUACCCUUAUUUGAACGUGUUGCAUUAAUGGGGAGUUUAUUACUACAUUAUCAGGUUUUAUUACAUGUUUCAGGGACAUAUGAAGCCACAGUCUGGACCAGCUCUGAGAACGCGGCAUGGACGAGGACCUCACGCCUGGCCAUGGACGGAGGCAAGACCCAUGAAAAAGAAAUAUAUAUGUAUUAAAGUAAUAUAUAAGAUUAAUAAUUGAUUUCUGAAUGGCUCAAGUCUUAUAUGGUACUUACUGUUUAAGUACGUUUUUAUUUCAAUUCAUUAUAAUGUAUUUAAUUUAUUACAUUUCCCACAGUACACAGACA